AUGAUUCGAUUAUUAUUAAACGAUAUACCAGUCAUACUCUCAGAACAUAUUAAAGUAAUUAAACGACUAAAUAUACACCAGAUAGGCCAGCCCUUUAGAUACAAAAUAUAUUGUGACUUAUCUAUGAUUGAAAAUGAUAGGUAUCCAUUUAUUAUUACAGACCUGAUUAAGAGUCGUCUGUUCUGUAGAUCUAUCUUGCAGGAUACUUUUUUAGAUUCACUAUUUAAUCAAUUUUUAUUUGGAAGGAUAUUGGAUAGUUGUUUAGAACCGUAUUAUUUCCUUAAAAUACUUACGAAAAUGUCCGAUAAAAUAAUCAAAGAGGAAGAUGCAAAUAAUAAUAAUUGGAAAAAGAAGAAGAAAAGGAAAACACCUCAGAAUAUUAAUUAUUACUUAUUGAUAUUUCAAACAUGGAAAACUAAACUUACCAAAUUUUAUAACUCUUUAAUUACUAUUUCUUUCAAUUUAAUGAAUUCUCCAAAAAUUCAAACUGGUAAGAGUACAAACGAUGUGCAUGUACUGAGUUCUUAUGUAUGGACACUAAUUAAUAUUGAAAUGUUAUCACUCAAUAACAAAAGACCCAUAUUUUACAUUAUUUUUCGUUAUAUCCAACAUUUUAUGUUACUAUCCAUACAUAUUAAUCAAUUUAUAGAUUCAUACUUUGUUCAAAAAAUUGUAUGGGAGAAAGCCUUAAUAUCUAAAAAUAUUAAAUACUCUUUCAAUUCCAUUAGAACAUUAUUGUUUCCUAAUGAUAACCUUAUGGGACCAAAAACAAUUGUCCCCACAGGGGAAGAAUUUAAAAAAUUUAAAUUACAAUGUAUCAAUAACCUCAUUAAAGUGAUACGAUUAAAAAAAUUAGAUUCCACGCUCGGCAUUACAGAAAAUGAUAUAAAAAUUUUUAUAGAUAUGGUUUGUCAAGAAGAUACAAAAAUAAAUAAAAUUUUACUUUUUAGAAUUAUAGACUGUUUGAUUGCACAUUUAAUACAAGAAAAGUAG